UGUCUCUGCUGCUUUGCUGUAUGUGCAGUUGCUCGAAUUGCUUUGGUGAAACCUGAGAAAGCAAGAGGUGUUGAAGAUGUUAUACUAAAUGCUGCUCAAAGGGGUCAGAUAGCUGAGAAGGUUUCUGAAGAGAGGCUCAUAUCAUUGCUGGAACAAAUUAACACCCAAACGACUAAACAAACCAGGGUCACAAUCCAGAGGCGUCGGAGUGUUCUCGAAGACGAUGAUUAGAUCUUAUCUGGAAAGAGUGCUGAAUUAUUAAUAUUGUGCUUUAUUGAGUGUGACAGAUUAAUGAUACGAUGCUUUGUUGGUUGUAUAUUAAUGAAGUUCUCAACUGUAUUAUCCUUCACGCAGUGUCCGAUUGAAAAAGCUUUUGGAGUUGUGGUUUUGAUAUUAUGUCUUUUGGGGGUUAUGGUUUAUUGCUGUAUCUUUUGUGAAUGCUUAUUAAAUGAAUAGUUUUUCUUUUAAUGGGAUGCAUAAUUAGAUGGUCCCUCUUAUAUAGCAUAAUUAUUAAUUAGA